AUGAGUAUUACGUUGUCAUCUAUCCCUGAAGAGCUCAAGUCCAACAAGUCGGUGGCUCCAUACAUUGCUCGUGCCACCGAGCUCCAGUCGGUCAAUGCCGUGGUGUCUUACUACUGCAAGAUCUACGUGUUGGAACACAUCCUCUCCAAUAAGCUCCACACCACGUCCAAGGAAGUCGAGCGCUUCACCAUUGAGUUGUUGGACGAAACUGAAUCUAUCAAGAACUCCAACGAAGACGAGGGCGUUAACAAGGCAUUGAACGAUAAGGCGAUAUCCGCCAGCAUCGUGUUGUCGUUUGCAUACAAGCUCUUCAACUCGUGCCUCGAGGGCAUCUCCCAGUAUUCCCGCACCACUAACAAGGCGGCGUUGGUGGGCAAGUUCCGGGCCACGUUGGUGUUCUUGAGCUUAUUGGAUGUAUUUGUCCAGAACCCCGAGGUUGACUGGGAGAAGUUGAGCGGAGGCAAGGCCACCACUGGCUCCGAGUUUGAAGCUCUCAACAAGGAGAAGAUAAAGGUGUUAAAGUACCAGUUAUCGAGGCUAUUGAAAGACGAGGUUGAGUUCAAGGACGCAAACGACGACGAGCUCGAAGACGAGCUCAACAAAGAGUUGGCUGACCUCGAAGUGGGUGAGGGCGACCAAUCGGACCAACUAGAAGACGCAAAGGAAGAACCCACUCCUGACACCGCCCCUGAAUUACCGUCUGCUCCUACAACCCUUCACAACGCCUCGUCUGAUGCGCUGGUGCUUCCCUCAGCACGCACGGACCUUCACAGUGAUGACGCAUCUCCUGUGCUCCCCUCUGCCCCUAAAGAUCUCGAUGCUCCGCAAUUGCCAUCUGCCCCUAAAGAUCUCGAUGCUCCGCAAUUGCCCUCCGCCCCCAAGCACAUUGGCACCUCCGGCCCCGACGAGUCGCUCCCCAGCGCACCCCACUUCCUCCCGGAUGAGGACGCCGAGGUCAAGUUGCCGGGUGCUCCCAAGUACCUCCCCGACGACGACUUGAGUCACAUCAACAAGUCGUCCUCCAUCCAGGUGUUUCCACCCGAGAAGAAGGAGGAGGCUCCCCAGGAGCUGGUGCGCCGUGGUCCUCCGGCACCAGGAUCUCGCAAUACCACCAGCCACCACCAGGUAACCAAGCAGGAUGUAUCGUCUAUCAUUGACCGCACCGAGCUGAUUGCCAAGAUCCAGAAACACGCCAAGUUCGCGGUAUCGGCGUUGAAUUACGAGGACAUCGAAACUGCCGAGAAGGAGAUGGCCCAGGGCUUGGCGUUGUUGCAACGUCUCAAGAGCCAGGCCCAGUAG